CUUAUAAACAAAGAAAACAAAAAGGAACUAAACAGAGUGGAUGUGACAACUUGACACUUUCUUGUCAAACUGGGUGACUGGGAGGCAGUUUUAUGUUCAGCUGCAUUAGUGACUGAAAACUGUGAAGAUGCGAUUACGCACAAUUAUUUUGCUGAGUCUGGCUUUGGCUUUUUGCCCAGCAUCAUCUAUGCCUCCACCAGAUACGUCUGACAUUAUUGAGGAUCGGAAGGAUAUUCCAGAUAUAAACAAAGGUUUAAAUCUCAGAGAAGGAGACAUCAUGAUGCCUAAUCAAAGGAGCGCCAUUCUUGGGAAUCAGUACCGGUGGAAUAUUCCCAUCCCCUAUGAGCUGAGUGUGAAUCUCAGUAUGAACUAUAAAGGAGUCAUUUUGAGAGCAUUUGAGCAGUUCAGACUGAAAUCAUGUAUUGAGUUUAAGCCCAGAACAGCAGAAGACAUUUCUUACAUCUCUGUGGAGAGUCGUGACGGGUACAGUAUGGUUCCAGAACUCCUACCUUGA